CAGCCGCCGCCGCCUUGCACUUGAGUACUUGAGUGACUGGGGCUAUUCUGACAUAUCAUUUCCAACAGAACUCGGUCUAUACCCUCGAGAUAAAGUCUUUACAGAAUUUGCCAUCAGGGCAUUCAUUACACCCCUCGACGACCACGAGUAAUACAGCCCGAGUCUGCAUUUCACAAGAAGAAUCGAGAAGCCUCUCCUGCAACGUGUCUGGUUCGAACCAGCCUGUAAUAAUAGAGGGGAGUGGGCCACCAUAUCUUGUCGUCAACCUCACAUUUCCGAAAGGCACGCUGCCACGUUCAUUCGAUAUCCGGCAAUAUGUCGGUUGCAACACGAAGUUUGCUGAUGCCGCCUAUGCCCAAUAGAGAGGAUUUGCAUGCAACAUGGGCAUAUCUCGAGGCUGGCAUAUCCAAGAUAAUGAUUGACCUGCAAAGCGGUAUCGACAUGAAUACUUACAUGGGUGUUUAUACGGCUGUUCAUAACUUCUGUACAUCUCAAAAAGCUAUCAGCUCCACAACCACCGGUGUUAUAGGUGGUGCGCAUCGUGGCGCCCACCUUCUCGGCGAGGAACUAUACAAAAAUCUCAAGAAAUAUCUCGUCCAUUAUCUGGAAAGCCUGAUUGCCGAGUCCCAAAAGCACGUUGACGAAGCCCUUCUUACCUUUUACAUUCGGGAAUGGGACCGGUACACGACGGCAGCAAAAUACAUUAACCAUCUCUUCCGAUAUCUCAACCGGCAUUGGGUGAAGCGAGAAAUGGACGAGGGGAAGAAGGAUGUUUAUGACGUUUAUACGUUGCACUUGGUACAAUGGCGCGCAUAUCUGUUUGAGGCAGUCCACAAGAAGGUAAUGGCAGCAGUGUUGAAGAUGGUAGAGAAACAACGCAAUGGAGAAACCAUUGAGCACAGUCAGAUAAAGAGCAUAGUCGACUCUUUUGUCUCAUUGGGCCUGGACGAGGCAGACUCAACCAAGGGAACUCUGGAUGUUUACAGGUUCAGGUUUGAGAAGCCAUUCCUAGAGGCAACCAUGGAAUUCUACCAGAAGGAGUCGAAACAGUUUGUGGCCGAAAACAGCAUUGUCGAGUAUAUGAAGAAGGCCGAGAUCCGGCUGGAUGAAGAAGAGGAGCGGGUGAAGAUGUAUCUGCAUCCCGACAUCAUCGCGGCUUUACGUAAGGUCUGCAAUACUGCCCUGAUUGGCGACCACUCCGCUGUCCUUCGAGACGAGUUCCAAUCGCUUCUGGACGAUGAUCGAGUGGAAGAUAUGCAACGCAUGUAUAACCUUCUCGCAAGGAUACCAGAUGGUCUUGAUCCGUUAAGGAUCAGAUUCGAGGCACAUGUGCGGAAAGCAGGUCUUGCAGCCAUUUCAAAGGUUGCAGCAGAUGCGGACAAAAUGGAGCCGAAGAUUUACGUGGACGCCUUACUGGAAAUCCACACACAGUACCAAGCACUUGUCAAGAAGGCUUUCAAGGACGAGCCCGAGUUCACACGCUCGUUGGACAAUGCGUGCAGAGAGUUUGUGAACCGGAACUCUGUGUGCAAGUCUGGCACAAACAAGUCCCCGGAGCUCCUAGCAAAAUAUACCGACACAUUACUAAGGAAGAGCUCCAGUAGCGCCGAAGAAAGCGACCUUGAGGAGACCUUGACACAGAUCAUGACGGUUUUCAAGUACAUCGAGGACAAGGAUGUAUUCCAAAAGUUCUAUUCUCGCAUGCUUGCGCGGCGGUUAGUCCAAACCACCUCGUCAUCAGACGAUGCCGAGACGAGCAUGAUCAGCAAGUUAAAAGAAGCUUGCGGGUUCGAAUACACGAAUAAGCUCCAGCGCAUGUUCCAGGACAUGCAGAUCUCGAAGGAUUUAAAUAGCGGAUACAAGGCGUUUGAGGCCAAACUGGUUGAGAGCGACGAUGCGACGGGUGUCAUUGACGCCACAUACUCGAUUCUAGGCACGGGAUUCUGGCCACUGAACGCACCAACCACAUCAUUCUCGCCGCCGCCGGAGAUUGUAAAGGCAUACGAGCGCUUCCAGAAGUUCUACAACCAGAAGCACAGCGGCCGCAAGUUAACAUGGCUGUGGCAGCUUGGAAAGGGCGAGGUGAAGGCAAACUACACCAAGACGAGCAAGAUCCCGUAUACGUUCCAGGUAUCGACAUACCAAAUCGCCAUUCUCCUCCUCUUCAACGAGCGCGACGUCAACACGUACGACGAGAUCAUGAAGGCGACGCAACUGAGCCAAGAGGUCCUCGACCCGCAGAUGGCCAUCUUUGUCCGCGCCAAGGUCCUCCUCCAGUCCCCCGAGGGACCAAAUUACACCCCCGACACCAAGUUCUCCCUAAACUACGACUUCAAGAAUAAGAAGAUCCGUAUCAACCUCAACAUCCAGGUCAAGUCGGAGCAGAAACAGGAGGCGGAGGAUACGCACAAGACUAUUGAGGAGGACAGGAAGCUGCUCAUGCAGUCCGCAAUCGUCCGCAUCAUGAAGUCCCGUAAGAAGAUGAAGCACAGACUCCUCGUCAGCGACACCAUCGACCAGAUCAAAUCGCGCUUCGUCCCCAAUAUCCCGGAUAUCAAGAAGUGCAUCGAGAUCCUCCUCGAGAAGGAGUACCUCGAGCGUCUCGAUGAUGACGAGUUGGGAUAUCUUGCUUAAUCCCUUCCCGACAAGCUUCACGAACUCCCCUCCUACCCGAAAUCAUGAACCACCACCACUGCGCUAUCGGGGCGUGGUGCGUAUCUACUCUACUUACCUAUCUACACACAAACACGACUUGUGAAUUGACAGCAUGGCGUCCAUCCCGAGACGGGGGCAGGGGCGCAGAUACCGAGAGGCGGUGCUCGGAGCUGGAUACUUCGUCAAACUGCGGAGAGAGGAGAAUUUGGGCGGGAUAUUGGCAGUUGGGGCAGGGGCAGGGGAAGAGAAGGUGUAUGCUGCUGCUUAACGCGCGUAAUUAGAUCGGAUGAUACCGCGGGAGGGGAGGUGAGACAGGUUUUUUAACUACAAGGGUGGAGGGGCAGAGGGCUGUCUGCAAGCAACCUCAAGAUAUAGAAAAAUGGGGAAUCAGUUAACUAUUUUCUGUGCAAUGAGUUUUGGGGAUUUUAUAUGCUGUGAUGGAUGGGUCGUGGCCCGGGAGGGUUAUGGAGGUUUUGUGUGGGGAGGGGUAUCAUACGAUGCAUUCACACCCCUACCCCAUCUUACAAGCUCCACAAAUGAACACCCAUCCCAAUCCCUUCUGUAUUUACACGUCCAAAAAAGAUUGAUAGUGGUGGUGAUGGUAAUGAUGUGUAUGUCCC